AUGGACGCCGACAUUGAGCGGAUUAAGCGCGCUCACGCCAAGAACCUCGCGUAUAUCCAACAACAGGACGAACGUGAAGCUUCUCGGGCGGUGGAUGACCUACUGGCGUCCGCUGUAUCCACAAAGUCAAGUAUCAACCCACUAAAGGGAACGAAGGGAAUCAGCAGUGUUUAUAUUACUGGCCUUUCAACGUACAUGGCUUGCAGACAGCUCGAGGGGGUGUGCUCUCGAAUUGGCAAAGUGCGACGUAUCAAGUUCUACAGGGAUGAACGAGGAGGACUCAAGGGUGACGCCGUGGUGACGUUCAACUCACGUGCUACGAUGAUCAAGGCCGUGGACAGGCUGAACCACUUUGAGGUGAAGCCAGGCGUGAUCAUCACAGCGACGGAAGCUACUUUCUCGAGUAAAAGGGUGAAGGAUGUACAAGAGAGCGAAGGGACGGUCGGCGAUCAUCUAGGAGCAGCAGCGGCGUCGAUGGAGGAUAGUUUAGCAGAGGUCGUGCCGCCCUUGCACUUGCCGUCGCGCUCGGUUACCUUGAAGCAUGUCUGGGAUCCUCUGGAUAGCAGCAAUACUGCUUUUUUUACCGAGUUGGAGGAAGAUAUGCGCGGGGAAUGUGCAAAGCACGGCGUGGUGGAACACGUGCAGAUUGUAGCGGAUGGGUCUGUGGUCGUGCGCUUUGCAGAGUUAAAAUCGGCCAUCGCUUGCAUGAAAGUGAUGAAUGGGCGCUGGUUUGCUGGAUCCAAAAUUGAGGCGCAAUUUGAUCAGACGACGGCGGAAAACCCUAGUGAUGCGGAUACCAAAGUUGAGGCUUUCCUGGCCUCUAUUGGUGAGUAA